ACGCCCCUGCGCCCUGGCGUGAUGUCCCCCGCUCUCCUCUGGGGCCGCUUGGUCCGCGCCGGCGCCUUUUAAGGGCACCGUGGGGCGAAGUGAGCGCUCAGAGCAGCUCCGGCCGCGGCCCUGGGAGCUGGAGGAGCCGCGACUCAGCAGGCAUGACUGGAGAGGGAAGUCCCAAUGGUGCUAGAAUGGUGCUGCAGUGGCAGAAGACGGCUCACGAGUGAGGUCUGGAAGAAGAACAGGAAAGACAUCCAUCCUUUGCUCCAAAGUGUGCAAGUCUAAUCCUGGGCAGAAACAUGAUAACCCUGAUCACUGAGCAGCUACAGAAGCAGACUCUGGAUGAGCUGAAAUGCACACGCUUCAGCAUCAGUCUGCCUUUGCCUGAUCAUGCAGACAUAUCCAACUGUGGGAACCCUUUCCAGCUUGUAUCUGAAGGUGCUUCCUGGAGGGGCAUGCCCCACUGUUCCUGUGCUGAGUUCCAGGACAGCCUCAACUUCAACUAUCAUCCCUCAGGCUUGAGUCUGCACCUCAGACCACCCAGCCGGGGUAGCUCUCCACAGGAACAGCCUCUUUCCCAAGUUCUAAGCCCUGAGCCCCCAGACCCAGAGAAACUUCCUGUUCCCCCUGCCCCUCCAUCGAAGAGGCACUGCCGCUCGCUCUCGGUGCCUGUGGACCUGUCUCGUUGGCAGCCAGUGUGGCGGCCCGCCCCCUCCAAGCUGUGGACUCCCAUUAAGCACAGGGGAAGUGGUGGAGGGGGUGGGCCGCAGGUGCCUCACCAGAGUCCUCCAAAGCGGGUCUCCAGCCUCAGGUUCCUCCAAGCUCCCAGUGCCUCUUCUCAAUGUGCCCCAGCCCACAGACCCUACAGCCCUCCUUUCUUCAGCUUGGCACUGGCCCAAGAUUCUUCUCGACCGUGUGCCACCUCCCCUCAGAGUGGUUCCUGGGAGAGUGACGCCGAGUCUCUGUCACCUUGCCCACCCCAGCGUCGCUUCUCCCUGUCACCAAGUCUGGGUCCACAGGCAAGCCGCUUCUUGCCCUCUGCCCGGAGCUCACCUGCGUCCUCCCCAGAGCUGCCCUGGAGACCUCGAGGGCUUCGCAACCUUCCCCGAAGCCGCUCACAGCCUUGUGAUCUAGAUGCCCGAAAAACUGGGGUCAAACGGCGACACGAAGAGGACCCCCGACGCCUGCGGCCUUCCUUGGACUUUGACAAGAUGAAUCAGAAACCAUACUCAGGAGGUCUCUGUCUCCAAGAAACAGCCCGGGAAGGCAGCAGCAUCUCUCCACCAUGGUUCAUGGCCUGUAGCCCCCCACCUCUCUCUGCUUCCUGCAGCCCCGUUGAAGGUUCCUCCCAGGUGCUGAGUGAAAGCGAAGAAGAGGAAGAGGGGGCUGUGCGGUGGGGACGGCAGGCACUGAGCAAGCGGACACUAUGCCAGCAGGACUUUGGGGACCUGGACCUGAAUCUGAUUGAGGAAAACUAAAACUGACAGGCUACUUCCUGGGGCCACACAGACUGACUGUCUUAUGGCUACUAACAAGUGUCAAGGCCCCAAGGCUGAGGGCCCAGCCUGGGAAAGGGGGUGAGUGGAGGGCUCCGACUCAGGGCAGCCGAAGUCAUCUCGCUCCAGCAAGCUCUACCAUGCCAAGAGACUGGCGGGGACAAGAUUAACGGAGCUGGUGGCGGGAGGGACAGCCCCAGAGCAGACCCUUCCUGUGGCGGCCCUGAGUGUGAGUAUCCCUGCCACUGAGAGAGCAAUGGGCAGGGAAGGAAGGGGUCUGCUGACCCCAGCUCGGGGAAUUUCACUAGCCCCUUUGCUUCAAAGGGCACUUGUGUCUUAGAAUUUGGCCAGGGUGGGGGGUUCAGUCAGCCUCCUUGGAGAAAUUGUGUGAGUGUGUGUGAGUGUGUGUGCGCGCAUGCAUGGGAGUACUUGAGGAAAGGUGUGUUUGUGUAGCCUUAGGGAAUGAAGGCAGUUAGUUGCUCCUUUAACAGCAGAGCAUUGGGAUACCCUAGGAUCUUGAGACAAUUGGCUUGUUCAGAGUCAAGGGCCGGGUAGGACUCUAGAUUUUCCUGUUUUCUAAAUAGCUCUGGAACCAGGCUUGAACUUCAUAGCAUCGCUGGCUCUGCAAAGGAUUCUGUUUGGGGGUUUAAAUAGGAUCUUUUGAGUGCUGUGACCUCAGCUGACUUUUUUCCUCAGUCCUGUCCUCUCUCCACUAGAUAAAUCUACUAUUGAGGGCUGCAGGAGAGUUACCACAUUUAUUCUGAGCUGGCCGUCCUUUUUUUUUUUUUUUUAAUCUGUUUGUUUAAGCUGUCUCCCUUGUUUUCUGAGUAAGUGCAAACAUGUGGGCAACUGAGGCAAAACUGAAGGGCUCCAUCUCCCUUUUCUUAACCUGGGGAUCCUUUCUUGUCAUUUCUGAUCGUUCAGGUUAGAGGUAGCAAGGCCCAUGUGUUGGUCCCCAGCAUAUGUUGAGGCAGGAGCCAUGGUAUUCAGCCCUGUGCAGACUAGAGGUGAGCCCACACCAGCACUGUUCUUUGAAAGGUGGCUGUAGGGAAAUGUAUUUUUGAGAGUUCUAGGCCCACUCUCUUUUCUGACCUGCUUGCGAAAGAGGAAGGGUGUUCAGCAUUUAAUAGUUUGCUUGUCUUCCACUCUUGCCAGGAAAUGUUUAUUUGCCUCUAAUUGGUCCUGAGAGACCACAGAGAGGCUGAGGCUCACUGAGGGAUUGGCUGAGGUUGUGUAAAGCAAAGGCUGUGAGGAGCAGCUGGGAGUUUAUUGUUGUUGGAUUGCAUUUCCUUUUUGUUUCUCACUCACAUCUUGAUCCAGGGCAGCAGGUCCCAGUGGCUGCCCUGAUAGACCUAAGGAUUGCAGGCGCCUUCCUUGGUAGGGCUGGCAUCAGUGGAUAUUCACACUGAAACUGCCACUACGGUAGUUCAUGGGGCUUUGGUUAGAAGACCCUGCGUAAACUAAUUGCCCUUUGUGUUUAUCUCAAGAAGGACAUUUUUCUGUUCAAUUUCCAGGGUAUUUCAGCACCCAGUUCCUCAUGUUAUGGAAGACCAAGGUUUAAUGUUUUUUCUUCCUUGUGAAAAUGAGCCUGAUGUUUUGUGCAUCUCCCACAUGUUAGAUAGGAAUACCAUUGAGGCCUCAGCCUCCUUGCCUCCACUUCAGGGGAGGUAGCCAUGUCUUCUUGAGCCUAUGGCCCUCAGAGGCUCUACUUUGCCAGGGCUCUUUAUGUCCUGGCUAGUUACCAUAUAUUACCACUGGGCUACCAGUCUCUAGGAGCCCGAGAGAGGCUCUCUGGAGAAUCCAGGGAAACUGAGCCCAGGAAUUGCUCAUCCCUUGGUUUCAUCCCUCCCCUGGUUCUUCUCUUUCUGUCCAUAAUUCCCUGGUGCCAGCUUGUUCUCCUGGGGCAUCCGCAUCCCUGGGCUCUCUGCUGCAGAUUUGGCUGUGCCAGCUUCCAGUAGGCCACUGGCAAGGCCAUUGGAGUCUUAUACAGGCCCUAAGCUAAAGUGAAGGCAGUAAUUCUGCCUCCAUCCUGGCUUUCCCAAAGUCCUAAGUCACCAACCUUAGGGAAGAAGGCCUACAGUUGUCAUAUUUUAAUUGCAUUAUUUUUUAAGUAUGGAAAGUUAAACUAGUCAGAACUAUUAUCUUGCUUCCCAGUCUAAGCGCCUCUGGCCCUGGAACAAGCCUUUUCAAGAAGUCAUUCAUUUUGCUUUACAUAGUAGAUCUGUUCCAACAGUUCAUGGAAACCAGAUGCUAUUUUUUGAUGCAUUUGGAUUGCUGACCAUUUAAAAGCAGCCUAUGGUUGCUUCUUUUGUAAAGCAGAUAACCUCCCUCUACUUUAGCUGUUAUAAUUAUUUGGGUUUCACAUUGGGCUUACCCAGAGUGGCGCAUACCUCCAGGGCUUGUGGCUGACGCUGUGUAGAUGUCUGCAUCUGUGUGCUGUGUGUGUGGUAUGGCUGGCCAGUAGGUGAGUAUUCCUGCGUGUGUGAGUGAAGCCACUCCCAGGCUGGUGCUCUCCUCCUGUGCCCGGUGACUGCCCAGUGGCAGCCCAGCUGCCCUUCACUCCCACCUGCUGCCAAAGUCCCUGUGCUAAUGGGAUUACAGAAACAAAAAGUGGAAAAAAAAAUUUUCGUAAACUUUGUUUUAUAUUAAAAAAAAUCCAUAAGUCUGUGUGUGUUAAAACAUGAGGUUCUGCCUCUGUGGCUGUGUUUGAAAAAUAAAGUUUUAUUAGAAUAAUCCAUUUUCCCAAGCAA